CUUGUUGCUUGCUGAAGCCUCACCACCACCAAACCGCCACACAAACACCCCACCCACACAUCGACACCCACACAGAGGCCAAGAUGUCAUAUAUCUCUCUGGCUCCCUUUGUCACGAAGCGCCCCUGGCUGGGCAGUGUCCUUAAGCCUCUGGCCAGCUGGUAUGCCAACGCCUCGGGCUACCGCCAGCUGGGUCUCAGGGCCGACGACCUGAUCCCCGAAGAGUCCGAGACUGUACAGACGGCCCUUGCGCGCCUGGACGAGAAGGAGCGCUACGACCGUAUUUUCCGCAUCCGCCGCGCCGUGCAGUGCUCCAUUUCCCACAAGCUGCUUCCCAAGUCCGAGUGGACCAAGCCCGCCGACGACAUCCCUUACUUGGGACCCCUCAUCAAGGUCAUCGAGGCUGAGACUAAGGAGAGGGAGGCCCUUGACACCAUGACCGUCUACAAGAAGCACUAAAAGAGAUGGGUCAGUGGACAACACUGCUUGCUGCUCGCGCCGCCAAUAUGGUCGGUCAUAGCUAGGAGUGGGUGGGAGAUCUUAGGAAUGGGCCGAAGACGGGACGCGAGGAGGUCAAAGCUACUGGAUGAGGUCGGUUCCGCGUUUUGUUGGGAGGGGGGGGUGGUUGGAUCUCGAAAAGAAGGCGCAACUCAGCGGCCUCCGCUGUGAUGAGUUCUACCGGAUGAAGCACUAGAAGAGGUGACUCAACCGUACGAAGCGGAUGGCGAUGGAAGCAUAUGAAAGCUUGCUGUGAGAGUAGAGGAAUUGAGGAGAUCGGAAAUAUACACUGUACCAUACAUACAUGACGACCCCGGAUGGAGAUGCAACAGACAAAAAGACACGGUUCUUAG